CAUAACAAUACAGAUUGUAUGUUUGUGAUGUCACCAAAGCCUCAAGUUACACGUGCAGGACUAACAAGCUGAGUUGUCCUCAUCAGAUGAGAGAAAGUGGGAGCAACUAUCUAUGCUAGUUUCUCGUCGAUCAGCAAUGGAAGCAUCUAGGAGUCCAAAACCUUUUCAGAGGCUGAAAAAGAGGCACAGUGCUACCGUCAUCUGUCCCCCGCCCCUACUGCCCUUGAGAAUGGCUGAGCUCCGGCCUGGGAUGGAAAACGAGAGAGCUGGAGUAGUGAGGGACACCAUGCUCCAGAACCACCUCAUCCUCAAGCCAGAGCUAGGAAAGACUCGCUCAAGGUGCACACGGCUGCCCGGAUCUGAUUUUGUGUAUGGACUAACACUUCGUGGGACCGAUGGGGGAGUUCCUGAAGCAAUAGGCCACUGGAACUCAGUGAAGCCCAUUAGCAAGGCCACAAAGGAGCUGCCGCGUGAUUUUGUUGCCAUGAACCGUGGCGCAGUCAUAGCUGGUCUUGUCACAACAAAGGAACACUACCGGUACCGCCAAACCCAUGACAUCCGCUGUCCGGAAGAUGAUGACCGUCGCUUUAAAAGGAACCCGCCGCGUCUCCCUGAUGCCAUGACCUAUGGAAUGCCACCUCGCCCGUCCACCCCUAUCAUAGAUGUUUUUCAGCACAAGUACAAGGAGCUUUGGAUGGAGGGACAACGAGCAGCAGCCGAAGCUCGUCAUAAGGCAAAACAGAAAAUAAGACAGCGGGGGAAAGUAUAUGAAACGUAUUCCACUGUGCUGAAGAAAUGCAAAGUGCUCAUGCAGCCAGACCCACUUUGGCAUUUGCCCCACUUUGAGAAAGUGGGUCGUCAUCUUGAUACCUUCCCAAGCCAAGAAGAUAGGGAGAAGGCUUUCAAAGUCAGUCAGUCAGAAGCUGGAGUACGAUGUGGAAUAUUUGCCCAGGGCAUUUAUACAAGCUGAAAACUUGCUAGGUUAAAUUAUUAUAAAUUAUGUAAUAAAAUAGAAUAUUCUCAUUUCAGGUCUGAAAGAGAACAGUGGCAGUGAUCAAACAUAUAGAAAUACUUCAUAGCUUUUCAGACAACCAUAGAGCAAGAAUCCUUGCUAGCACCAAAAGUCCAUCUGUGAAAGCUGACCAACAGACUGGUGUCUUGACCACACAUACACCUGACCAUACAGUCCUGAGAACUGCGUGUGGAGCAGAGCAGACUUUCACUAAGCUGACCCAGCAGCUUUGUCUUUUUUUUUGUGACCCACCAUUACCUAUAUGGCUCCUCCACCACCUCGCUCCUAAUCCUGCCUGGUGCAGACGGGAGGCUGCAGUAGCUGGAGAAUGAGCCCGUC